UACCCCGGUUGCAUCAUGCUUGUAGGAAACACAGUGAGUGGUAAUCCCCCGUCUCGAGGAUGCUCAGAGCUAUCCAGUGUCUGUUCAGUGUGUCUCGGGAGGUGAGCGUGUGCGCUCAUACCAAUAUCACCAACUCAUUUAAUUCAGAGCAAGGAUGCCCACCGCCGUCGAUGUGCGCACCAUACUGAGCACUGUCUUUAACUUUUUCAAAACAAGAGCCAACCAGGUAUGUGCUGCCACCUGCGACGGUCUCGUCCUCAGGAUGCACUACCGCUGGACCUUCUGUGUCCUGCUGGGUGGUUUCCUCACGGUGUGGUACUCCUGGUAUCACCGUGAAGUCAUCACAUGCGUGUCGCACUUCAACGCAGACACUCAGGUCCGCCUCGACUACGUCAACAUUUGUCUCUCAUACCCUUAUGUUGAAAACGACAGUUCCAGGAGAUACAUACUCUUCUACCGCUGGAUAGCUUGGUCCUUUUUCAUCCUGGCACAAGUGUAUUACAUCCCACGUAAAGUAUCUAAGAACUUCGACAACGCAAGAUGCAAGAAACUUUUAGAAGACCUUGCCGCCAACGCUCACAGAUAUGACCAGGCUGAACAAGAACUGGUGGAGAGAGCCGCCAGAUAUAUCAUCUUUAAUCUCAAUACUCACAAUGGCCUCUACUGGAAAUAUCUUUCUGUCAAUGUAUUGGCAUUAUUUGUUGACAUUUUUGCUAUGCAUUACUUUGAUUUCAUACUUCAGGGACGAUUUAUUCAGUAUGGCUUUAAAUCUUAUCCAUUUAUCAGAGACCCUCAGAGGUUCACAGAUUACAUGUCACAGACAUUUCCCCCAUUCGUCUCCUGUGAGAUUAGUCGUGAACACCAACUGGUAAAUAGGCGAAUAGAGAAGCUUGGAUGUCACCUCACUAUUAUGGAGCUGUACGAGAAGGUAUUUCUGAUCUUGUGGGUGUGGAUGAUCUUCCUGACCUUCGUCACCUGUUGCUACAUUAUCUUCCUCAUCUUAAUGUGGGUUCCCUACGUGCGAGUUUACCUUCUCCGCACUGCCAAGCCAGCCCAUGCCAGCAGUAAAGUUGGAAUGGUCAUACAUGCAGUGGCAAAGAACUGUAAGAUUGGUGAUAUUUACCUCUUGUACCGCUUGAAGGGUCACUUGAGCCAUGCCAGGUUCUAUGAACUGAUGACACGGCUGUCGGAUUCCAGACUAUUCAACGCUCAGACUCGACAAGAUCCACCCAAAGUAAUCCCAGACGGAAAGGAUAAAAUUACAAACAACCAAAUGGAUAACCUGAGGAACCGGCACCCUAAUAUGCCCAAAGAUCCGCCAGUGAAUCUCGAAUAUCUGCACCAGAUCCUAGAAAAUCCUGAAACGAUGCAGAAACAUCCACAGCAUCCUGCCCAGCGUACUCCAAUGGUCUAGCUCGUAGAACACCAGCAUAGUCAUGUCAAUUACAGAGUUAUUAUUGUUCUAAAGAUUCCAUAUGGAUUGAUCCCCUAUGAAAGACUGAAUGAACAUCAGGCUCGGUGUUGCCACAAGAGCUGAUGGGUAAUAAUGUCCUGUCGUGCCGCUACCGAGACGCUGUUGUACCGCAGUUUGGUGAGGCUCGGAAAUUUUGUGCUCCAUCGAUGAUGAUGAUGAUGAUGAUGAUGAUGUAGUAUGUUUCCUCACUCCUAAAGGACGCCGGGAAAAUUAUGGACGAUAUAAUCACUCUCUUUAGUAUAUCCUCUUACAGCUCAGCGCUCGGUAAACGUCAAAUUUAAUAUCGUUGUGAUUUAAGGAACAAAAGAACAAAUUUCAGAAUCUGGCGUUCGGUUUUUAUUAUUUAUUACUUCAUGGCCAGAGCUGUUGAAUUUAAGAGAGUAGAAAGGUAAACCCACGCGAGGGAGGCCUGGUCAUGGACCGGGCCGCGAGGGCGUUGAUUCCCGGAAUAACUUCCAGGUAACCUCCAGGAGCCGUGUAGUCUCUCACUGCUGUUAGCAUUACAUAAAAGAAAAUCAACUAGAAGAUGUGGGAAGUCUCCCUGACUCUCGCAAAACAAAGAGUUCUUCACAUUCUGGGAAAAAAAAUUGCUAUAUAAAUAAACUACAAACUCACGUCCUACUGUACGUUAUUUCCUGUACAUGGAUGCCAAUGUAUAAGAAAACUUCAGACCUGCUGUGGGUUAUAGUCUAUGAAAAAUGCCAUAUAAAGAAAUUUCAGUCCUACUGAAUUAAUAGAUGAUGCCAGUGGCAUCAUAAAAUACUUCUCAUGUGCUCAAUUAAAAUGCUGUGAUAUUUGUAUUAUACUUAAGCGACCCAUAAAAAUUGGGCUCUUCUGAUGUAUUUAUUGCUCUCGUGAGCUCGAUAAAUAAAUUUUAUUGUGUAUAGCGUGUUUAAUACUCUGUUUACAUAAUGUAAGAAACCGAGUUAUUUGUUUUGAAUUU